GUCUAGUAUCAGUCGAUGACAAUCCAUUACACGGCGACGAGAAAUAGAUUAUCAGCAAUCAGUUGUACGAGGAAGUUCGUGACGAGAACGAAGAUGUAGAUGGAUUUGUUCGUGUACUGGAGGAAGUAUGCCACCAAAGAAGACUUGAAUUGUCCACUAUUUUCAACCAAGUCACUUCUACAGGUGACUUGUUGCUUCAUGUUGCAGCUAAGUUUGGGAAGGUGGAGGUUAUAGAAUAUAUAAAUCGCUAAUCGUUGUCCUAUUGAUCUUUGGCAUAAGAGGAACAUGAACGGUGAUGCUCUUCUUCAUGUUGCUGCUAAAGCUAGCAAUAUUGAAGCAAUCAAGGUCAUUCUCUUCAUAGAUGAACACAUCAUUAAACCGCGGCUGGGACAGGAAGCAAACUUUAUAAUGUCACGGAAUAGUUAUGGGAACACACGGCUUUGCAUGAAGCUGUUUUGUCCAAACAUGAUGGUGUCAGAUUUCUUUUGAAGGCGCAGAGUGAGUGUGAUGAUCUGGCCAGCUAUUGGACUUGGGGCAAGAAACACAGCCGCAAAUCACCAAAGUAUUUGGCAGUCGAGAUGGGAAAUGUGGAAAUUAUUGAUCUUCUCUUGAAAAUUCCAUUCCCCCUGAUCUUGACAUUUCAAAGGGAGACUCCUCUUCUUGCCGCCAUAUCAGACAGAAAUCUGGAUGUGUUGCAAGAGAUAGUGAAUAUAGGAGAAGAGCUAUUGUAUCAAGGAGAUGAAACCAAAAACACUCCCCUUCAUUAUGCAGCAUACAGAGGUUAUGUGGAAGUUGUGGAUAGAAUGUUAGAAAAGUCUACCUUGAUUGCUUUUCAACGAAACUCAGAUGGCAAUCUUCCAAUUCAACUUGCAAGCAUAAUGGGCAGUAUUAAUGUGGUCAAAAAAUUGCUUGACAAGGCCUUUGAUUCUGGAGCUUGUCUAAAUGGUAAAGGACAAAAUAUUCUCCACAUCGCAGCAAUGAAUGGACGAAACAAGAUGAUAGAAUGCCUGUUGAGAAGGCUUCAUUGGAAAGCUGUAAAUGAGAAAGACGUAAAAGGAAAUACACCACUGCAUUUGGCUUCAAAGAAACUCCAACUUUUGAUUCUACGCAAUUUACUUCUAGACCAACACAUCGAUGUGAACCUAGUGAAUAAUCAAGGUUCAACAUCUCGAGAUUGUCAGAGCAUGUACUCAAGCCCAAUUUACCAAGGCUAAGUCACAGCCCACUAAAUCUGAUGUUGUUACAUAGUUCAAGCUCAUUAUUACUAUAUAUUAUUUUAGGGCUUAUGUGUCUUGUCUCUUAUCUUUCGUGCUUAUCCUUUAUCACACAUGUAACACGCCACACUCCCUCUUGCAUCUAUAAAUA